CCGCUCGGGCCAUGGCGGCGACGCGCGCGCUGUGAGGGCUAUGGCGGCCCCUCACGCAGAGAAGCUGGAGGGAGCGGUCCCGGCCCCGCCGGCCCCGCCGGGGCCCCCGCACCCCGCUGGCAGCGCUGCCGCCGGCGGGCCCGGCCGGAAGCAGGGCAAGGCAGGGCUGCAGAUGAAGAGCCCCGAGAAGAAGCGGCGCAAAUCCAACACGCAGGGCCCUGCCUACUCGCACCUCUCGGAGUUCGCCCCGCCGCCCACCCCCAUGGUGGAUCACCUGGUGGCUUCCAACCCCUUCGAGGAUGAUUUCGGGGCCCCCAAGGUUGGGGCAGCGCCCGCCCCGUUCCUGGGCAGCCCGGUCCCGUUCGGCGGUUUCCGCAUGCAGGGGGGGAUGUCGCCGCAGGUGCCCCCCGGUUACGGCGGGGGUCCCCAGCCCCUGCGGAGGCAGCCGCCGCCGUUCGCCCCCGGGCAGAUGGGCCCGGCCUUUAGCAUGCCCCCCCAGAAUCCAAACUACGUGCAGCCGGGGGGCUUGAGCUUCGGCGGGCAGCCCUUCAGCCAGCCCCUCGGACAGAACUUCAGCCCUCCUAUGGGGCAGCUCAUGCAGGGGCCCGUCGGGGGCUUCGGGCCCAUGAUGUCCCCCACUAUGGGGCAGCCCCCGCGGGGGGAAAUGGGACCGGGGCCAGCCCUCAACCCCCCCGGGGGGCCAGCGGUGCCUCAGCGCUUCAGCCAGCCCAGCAACCUCUUUGGACAGUCGCCCAUGCAGCGCCCCGGGCAGAACAUGCCCCCGCUGCCCCCCACGGCCAGUCCCUUCCCGGGGGCGGAUCCCGGCUUCCCCGCCAGCAGCGAGGAGGGCGGCAAGAACCCUCCCCCCAGCACCUUCGCCCCGGAGCAGCACUCGGGCUCGCCCGCCACCGUUAACGGGGCACAGCCCGGCUUCGCCCCCAACAGCGGCGGCCGCGGCGCCGGCACCCCCGAGAGCAACAGCCUCCCCCUGCCGGCCCCCGGCAAGGCCGGCAGCGCCUCGGGCCACCAGCCGCCCCCGGGGCUCGUCUACCCCUGCGGGGCCUGCCGCAACGAGGUGAACGACGACCAGGACGCCAUCCUGUGCGAGGCCUCCUGCCAGAAGUGGUUCCACCGGGAGUGCACGGGCAUGACCGAGAACGCCUAUGGGCUGCUCACCACCGAGGCCUCCGCCGUCUGGGCCUGCGACUUCUGCCUCAAGACAAAGGAGAUCCAGUCGGUCUACAUCCGGGAGGGCAUGGGACAGCUGGUGACCGCCAACGACGGCUGAGCCGCCCUUCAGCCGCCAUGUACAGCUUUCCCCACACUGAUUUAGGACCAAACACCCGUUUUUUGUAGCUGUCGCCCCUCCCUGCCAGCCAGAGAGCUGCUGCUAUGCGCUGGCUGUGGCUACUCACUGGGCACUGCCUGGCACCGGGACAUUCCAGGGGACCGGAGACGGUGCUGGCCAUGCCGGUGUCAGCCCUUUGCUGUGGCCCCGCUGUACCGGCUCACUGAGGGCUGGGGCUUCCUGGUGCUCCACAGUGCCCCCUUUUGGGUCAUUACCCUUGUGGGGGGCACCUCCCGGGAUGUGCAGCGCUCCUGGUGCCCCCUUCCACAUUCACGGGACAGUCCCGGUGUCCCCUGCUCCGGUGCUCGGGAUGCUCCCGGUACUCGCUCCCCACCCCAGAUCCGUCCGUUUUAGCCAACCGUUAAUUGAAAUUUUUGUACCGUCGUUAUAAAACUCUGAAACGCG